UGAGCAAUACAUCGAGCUGCGCUACACUUGCGCAGCCAGCGCCACCGUUUCAUUUAUUCAGACGCUCAGCUAAUCCAAACACGCAAACGAAUAUUUUCUCAACAAAUUAACUUUUAAACAAUUUCCUGUCAACAAAUAUUUCUUGAACAAACAAGAUAAAUCAGCGUUGCAUUUGUCGGGAACUUCUGUUGGAUACAACAAAAUACCUGGGAUUUUUUUCUCUGUUUUCUCCAAGUAUUCUUACUGACCGCCGUCUACCGUGUUGUCAUUUAAAAAAAACUCGUUUGGCGUAUCGGUACGGAUACCAAUACGUUGCCAUUUAUGACAGACUGAAUAACUGCUAUGACAGGGAAACUAGCGGAGAAGCUCCCUCUUACCAUGAGCAGUUUAAUAAACAUUCCUGAAAGUCUUUACCCCGAAGAGGACAUUCCUACGUCUAUGAACAUUUUCACCAGCACGGAUUCUAUUUCCCACUACUCCCAGAUGAACACAGACAAUAUCAUGGACUUGGGGAUGGGAAAUGAAAAAGGCAGUGCAGAGCUCCAGUACAGCUCAAGCUUCCCCCCCAACCGCAGCGGACAGACAGUAACCUACCUGGGAAAGUUUGCCUUCGACGCACCCCCCUCUGGUGGGAUAGGAGGUUCGGGCUGGUGCUCGGACAACAACAUCAUUAGCCUGGUGAGCGCCGGCAUCCUGGGAGUGUCCCCGUCCCCCGGGACCAUCACCACGCAGACCAGCUCGUCCGGAGGCACUAUGGCUGGCCAGUCCUCGGACAUGGAGCAGGUGUACGGAGCCCCGCUGCCCCCUUACUCCACCUGCAGCGACAUGUACCAGGACCAGGUCUCCUUCCACCACAGCCCCGCCACCACGACCACCCCGCUCCCCUACCCCGGCACCGACUACCACACCACCUCCAAACCCUCCAUGGACAGCACCCUCUUCUCCAUGAUCCCCGACUACAACCUCUUCCACCACCAGGGGGAGGUGGGCGUGAUGGAGCACAAGCCGUUCCAGACCAUGGACCCCAUCCGGGUCAACCCUCCGCCCAUCACCCCCCUGGAGACCAUCCGGGCCUUCAAAGACAAGCAGCAGAUCCACCCGGGGUUCAUCGGUGGGCAGCAGCACGCGGCCCAGCACCACCAGCCCCCCCAGACCCUGACCCUCAAGCCCAUCCGACCGCGGAAGUACCCCAACCGGCCCAGCAAGACGCCCGUGCACGAACGGCCGCACGCCUGCCCGGCGGAGAACUGCGACCGGCGCUUCUCGCGCUCGGACGAGCUGACGCGCCACCUGCGCAUCCACACGGGCCACAAGCCCUUCCAGUGCCGCAUCUGCAUGCGCUCCUUCAGCCGCAGCGACCACCUGACCACACACAUCCGCACGCACACGGGCGAGAAGCCCUUCUCCUGCGACUUCUGCGGCCGCAAGUUCGCCCGCAGCGACGAGCGCAAGCGGCACGCCAAGGUGCACCUCAAGCAGAAGGAGAAGAAGCUGGCGGACAAGGCGGGCGGGGCGGUGGCGGCCGGCGGCGGCAGCCACAGCUCCCCCCCCAGCUCCUGUGGCAGCACGGGCGGCGGAGCCGGGACCAUCAUGACUGUCACCACCUGCGCUUAGCAACCGGCCGCGCCCCGCUUCAGACGAGACUGGGGGGGAAAAAAAAAAAAAAGGAGAGGCCUGCUUUUCACAAUGAGAAGAAAUAUAGGACUCUCGUGCUAUCUCUUUCUGUUUCUCUCUCCCUGUCUCUCUCUUUCCCUCUCUCUGCCUUUUUGUUUCCAGAUGGGAAACCCUUCCCUUAAUUUUAAGACGGACUCCUUUUUUGUUUUGAGAACGGAGGGGAAGCGGGAGAGCACGGGUUUCGUCCGUACGGCGCAGAGAGGCUGGAGGGCCCGGGUGCUGGUCCCUUAUCGGCAGCACGGGGCAAAGCCUGGAGGAGCGGGGUGUCCCUUCGACCGUGGUACUUCUGUGAGGCUGUGUUGAAUAAACUGUGGAAUCGCCGAUCCGAAUUCCAGCAGUUUUUGUUUCCUGAGUCUGUAAAAAAAAAUCUUCCUUGAAUCUGGGAUAUCACAGGGAUAUCGGGCCAGGGUUAGGCUGAGGUUUGGCUGAAACGGGCAGAAUUUACAAUACGGCUGUCUGCGAAACAAGUGAGCUGUUCUUGGUUAUGUCAGGGUUAUUUGGUAUUUUCGUUUGUGUGUCUGUUUGUUUUAACAGUACGAGGCAUAGUGUUUGCAUACUGUUGGUAAUACCUUAUUUGAUGCUCUUUGGUUUGCCUAUCUUUCUGUUAUACCUGUAAUGUUUUCAUAUACUGAAUUAUUGUACUACAAAAUGUGCCAAAAAUGGAAAGUGAUGGCCAACUUGAUUUAUAAAUUGUUCCCCGGGAUUGAGAGAAAAUCCCAGGUAUAUGAAUAGCAUUUCAGGUGUUCAUUGCAUGGCUGAUUUGGUUGCCUUCACCCUUAAAGUAUUCACAGGUUCUUUAUGUUGUGUCAUUUGUCCAACGCCAUGCCAACUACAGAUGUAGUUUUAAUCUUACGUAGUUCAAAUACGUACUUCACAAAGGAGUGUCGCGUCCAUUUACUGCUGCUAGGCAGUAUAAAAUUCCAAACAAUGUCAGGCAUGCUGAUGAGGAUGCUGUAUUUCUGAAUGGGGAACCCUUGGGUCUCAAUUAAACACUUGCAGACCAUCCAUCAAUAGCAAAAUGCUAUUUGUUUUAUAUAUCAGCAUUGAUCAAGACAGGAAAUAGUUUCCUUUCUCCAUUGGAAUGUGGUCGGAUUUCCAUCUGGCCCGAUUUCAAAAUGUCAGAAGUUUUCUUUGCUGUUCAGAUGUUAAAAUGGUGGCUGUUGUGGCACGUUGCUAUUGUUUUAGCUCACACAUGUAUCUUUGAAAUGAAAGAGCUUGAUAUUUCUCAUUUGUCCAUACUGUAAAAUGCUUAUGGUUUUGAAUAACAAUGUGCACCAGCUAUCUUUGAGUAAAGCAUAUACAAUCGAAUAGGCUGGAUAUUUCAAAUUAUAUCUCACUGUAUCAUAGCUUACAAGGUGCAUCACAAAAAGUAUAGAAAAAAAUGUUAUAGAACUUCCACUGUAAAUAUAUGCAGUGGGGAUGUACCUGAGAAUUCAUGUCAGACCAACAAGGAACAGUGGAAAAUAAUGACACACAAACAUUUUGAAUGUAUAGGUUGUCCUUUUACAAACAAAAUUGUUGCUCUGUUUGUUUUUUUUAUAUCUGGUUUUUGGUCACUUGGUCAGCUCUUGAUGAAAUGCUGUUACAUAUCCAGUCUUGCACUGACAUAUGCCUUUUAAUAUCACCUUCGUAUGCUGUCUGAAAAUAGAAUCUUUGCCACUCUAUUGUAACAUCAUUUCUGGAUUUGACUAGGGUUGGAUUUUAAAGCCUUUACUUGUGCAACUGUUGACUGAAGCCUGCCAGCUAUAUGCCUGCCUAGUGAGACCUUGUUCAAUGAAAACUGUUCAAAUAUUUUGCAUACCACUCUAAGCUCUGCAGGAGCUCCAAACACAGUUCGAUAGGACUCGUUUUUAAAAGUAUCGUCACGGUAACAAUUCAUACUGGAAACAUUUAUGGGAGAUUUGAACCGUCUAACUGAGGGAUUGAGAAAUUUUGUACAGAAAUAAAUUUACAUAUAUUACUACAUCUUUUAUACCCAGAAUGUAAAAAAGCGCAGUAGCUGUCUUCAGUAUUAAAUGUUGUGAGUGUGUGUGUAUGUGUGAAUAUGUAUGUAUAAUAUAUAGUAUAUAUUAUACAUAUAAAUUAUAUACGCAAGCACAACGAAAUUGACUGAAUGUUUAUACAGAGGAUUUCUUAAGAUGCUUUUCUUUUUUGAUGAAGCAGACUAUUUGUAUAUACAGUACAGAAUGUUUUAUGGUGAUUAGACUGUUUGCGCGGAGAACUUGGCUGUCUGUGUUCACAGCCAGUGGGGAUGGACAGCUGAGUGCAGCCCAGAGAGGAGCAUUGAGACAGUGUCGCACAUGGUGCGUUUUCCAUUUCUUUUAUUUUUAAAAUAUCAAAUGUUAUACGUGAUGUAAAUAUAAAAAGGAAAGAAAAAAAAUCCUGGAGACACUGAAUGAGGUGUUUAUAAAAAUUAAUAAACAGAAAAGAUAUUUGAAAAACUGUUUUGUGUAUUUUAAUUGCAUGCUUCUUAAAGAGUAGGCCUUUCUGUCAUGGGUACGUUAUAAUACUUCAGUUAACAGCUUUCCAUUCUACACAUGGGAAUAUACACGCAUAUGAAAUGUUACAUAUCUGAGGUCUGGUUGUGCAUGCUCCUGCAAUCUGCACAUGCACCAAAUUUUUGUUAAAUAUCCUGAGAACAGUUCGCAGAUUUUUUGGAUUCUGUCAUAAAUCACUCUGUCUAAAAAAUAUGAAGUGAAUCAUUCUGACUAUAACAAGUAUAAUAACCAAUUCUCAGGACUAUUACAAAGUGAUCCCCUGAGACCAUCUUCAUAUUACUCUUGAAACAGGCUACUUGAUUAUUUUAUUGAUAGACAGUCACAUAAAUAGUGUGCCUGUUUUUCUCACACAAUAUGGGUUCACACAUUCAGCAUGCAAGACCUGUGAGAUUUCUUUAGAAAUCGACAAAAAUACAUUUUACCAUAAGAUGAAAAACCUUGCUACGCUGUACUCAAUGCUCCAUCGCACCAGUAUGGCUGUUAUUGGAGAUCACUGCUCUAAUUGUGCUUGUCUUUUACUGGGGUCAGUUGUAUCUAGCUCUUUAGUCUCAGUUGCUUGUGUUUUGUGCUUGACAUUUGUGUUGAAUGGAGGUCCAGGAUCUCAAUGAAUGCCUGAGUAUGGUACAGCUUGCAAGAGUACUGAAGGGCAAAUAUGCUAAACAAAAUGUUCUUAUUCUCUGGGUGCUGGAUAUGCAUAGGCCUUCAUGAACUACAUUUUAAGCAAGUCUUCUGUGGGGAAAACGCUCAAAAAUACCCUUUUCUUUUCAGCCGUUUUUUUUAUUUUUUGAAUGCAGUUUUGAUGCAGGAAACCUUUGUGUGAGCCCAUUAAAAGUCACAUCAUGCACACAUCUGUAAUUUGUUGAACACUAAAGUGUCUAACUGCUGUUAUUUUGUUAUUCAGUAGAAAUGUGUGCUAUCAUGUACAUUCGAUUUAGAAUCUAUUAUGUAUGAACAUAGCCUUCUCGAUUACCAAGGCUGCUUGCCCAGUUAGAAUUUCGCUGUUCGCUCAACUCUUGUGCUCUAUCAAGAAAUGUUAAAAAUAACACCUCGCCCAAUCGGGUGGCUUUGUACCGUAAAACAACCCCUGCAGGAACGAGGAGCACUGGAGACGAGGCGAGGGCACUGAGAGCACAAUCAAAAACGUGCCUCUAAAGACUACCCUCGCUUGCGCGAACCGGUUUCCUUCGUUGCGUUUCCUGGCAGGCCUCCAUUCCGUCUCCAAUUAACUAGACGCCCGAUGGCUCCAGAAAGUAUUUUUUUCCACUUUGUUUAAGUAGAUAAAUGAAUAACCCAUCGCAUCUUCUAUAUUUUAGACGUUAACGCGAUUUACUGCGGUUAUGUAAACUACCGGUUUUUCAAAAAUGUCAUAGCCUAUUGCUUGUAGCCUUCUUGUUUUGUCCGUAGCAUAAUAUUGAUUUGAAGCCAGAAAACGGUAACUGUCAAAUUCACUAAAAUUAGAACAAGAUCCAAGAUCCAUCGUUACAUGUAUUGUUUAUUUAAACCUAACAUCAUUAUAUUGCAAUAUAAUAAUAAUAAUAAUAAUAAUAACAACAACAAUAAAGACAACCAAUGAUUAUAUUUUAAUUACAGCAUAUGGCCAUAUAAAUCCAUUGUCUAUAGCAACUCCUUUUAUUGUUACAGCAUUAAAUAAAGAUGAAGUAAAUAAAUCACAUUUAAUGGAUGUUUGAAAAUGAUUCAAAAGCCCUACUUUCCAGUUCUUGUUUGUGAGAUGGUAUCAUAUUUUCAGAAUUCAGUCACCCUAUAACAACCAUUUAUGCUGGAAAGAAAUGGUAAGCAAUAAAUGCCUCUAUUGACCUGAAAUGUUAAAUCAAUCCUCUGCACUGUUAUUUGCUUCAAGCUAAGCAAAGAUUUUAAAUUUCUCUCCAAAUAUGGCCCUGAAUUUAUGCACAAUCACAGCCUUUUUUAAAACGUAUUAACUGUGUACAUUAGUGAGCAUAUCUGACUGCACUGAGGGAACAUGGAGGUACUGAGGAGAAAAAAUACUGAGCUGCUGAGACAGGUUUGGCUCUUAGGUAGAAAGGGCAAAAAUAAUCUAUAUCUGUAAAACUUCAGUGUCUCAACAGAUUUGAUGCUGACUAUUAUCAAGCCAGGUUUGCAAUGUUGCUCCAGCCGAUUCUGUUUUGCUGUGAUGUCUUCAUUUCAGCUGCUCUUAUGGUGCAGAAUAUGCCAAAUUCUAGAGCCCACUUGAAAAAUAGCUGCUGGCUUAAUUUUUAUUUAUUUUAUUUAUUUAUCUAUUUACUUUGUAUCUCAUUCAGCCAAAAACGAGACUGAGAAGCUGAGGCCAAGCACUGGCAAUAAAAAUAGCAAGGCCAGAUCUGACAGAUAAUACAGUCGGCCCAGUAGAUUUGCUGCUAGCUGGUGUGAGCAUGAAUUUUGAUUUAUGGAAUGGAAUGCGGCUUGGUUUUGGACGUGAAACUGUGUUUAGCUAAGGCUCGUGAAAAGGGUGGAAGCUGCUCUCGGAAAAGAAAAGCAAAAUGCCAAAAUAAUUCCGUCUGGCACCAAAAGCACCUGCCAUGUAAUUACAGAUGCAAAAAAAGCAUAUGUGACUGAGAAGACGCCCUCUAUAUUAAUGACAUAUGCACACACAGCAGGUGAUUAAAACAAAGUGCUUGUUUUUUCAUUGUUUCAUUUUUUUUUUUGUUUUGUUUUGUUCAACCUAACUGCAAGUGAGAUUGUGCAAAUAUGAAAGUUGUUCAGUUUAAAGACGUACAAAUAUACCAAGGUAUUUUGUUAACUGCAUGAAAAAUUAUUCUGUGCAUCACAUCUGUCUUAGAUCUCAGUAGUCUGUUCAUCUGCACGUUAUUUUUUCGAUUUGUGAACAUUACCUUCUGAAUAAUGUUCCAUUCAUCAGCCUCCUAAUGAUAUCCGUUACUGAUAUACAGUAUGAGGUGAAUGAUUAGACAGCAAGAUUAGAGUCAGCUUUGCCAACAUGCCAGUUUGUGACAAACAUGUCGUGGAUAUUUGCAAUGACAGAUUUUGCCCUGAGAGAUGAUUUUCCUUAUAUACAAGAGGGUGGGGUACACUGGCAGUCCUGACUAGUGUCAAAUUAUAGCAGCAGUGAGACACUCAGCAGUCUUUCAGCUCAGUCAUCCAGCACCAGUGUUGUUGAGAAGGUACCUCCAGGUUUUGGCUGGAGAAAAAGACUGACGAAUGCUCAUUUAUCACCAUCCAUGUCACACACUGAGACAAACCCGCACGCACAGCCUUAAGAAAGUGAAGGCGGUUAUACCCAACAGUAAAGAGACAGCUUGGUAGAUGUUUCCCACACAGGGCUGUAAAGUGAUUCUGAAUCAGACUUUCUAGCAUCAGACUCAUGACAGUGACAAUAAUAAUUAUGUUGAUGAUUAUGUUAUUUGAAGAAAGACAUAGGGAAAUUUAAAUAAGGAAACAAGCGUUCUUUGAGGGAAAAAAACACUGUUUCUUCCAAUGCUAUGCUGGUAUUUUUUUUCUUCUUUUGCUUUAACUGAAUUUGUUUUUGCCAACAAAUGAUGCUGUUCUGAAAUUUAGCUGAUUUUAUAUAAAAUAGUAAUCAUAAAAAAUAAUAAGCUUCCGCUAAGCUCACUUUGUGUUCAGUACAUACAUGAUUACAUACAGAGAUUCCCUGCACUCCAAGAGUUAAUAUUUUAUAAUUACUUAACUCUUGUCUCUGGUAGCAUGAAUGCUUUGUGUGCUCAUGUCUGUUUGCUGAUGUGUGAGUGAGCAUGUGUAUUUGGUUCGUUAGAGCCCAUUGGAUUUGAAGUUCUGGACUGAAAGAAGACGGGCCUCCCCAGAGAACAGCCUUGCGCCUCUCUGCCUUCCUGUCUUGGUGGCUAUGCUGUUCGGCCUUGGACUUGAGCCCAAACUAACCAGCCACGUUUGUGCCAAAUUGGGUUGCAGGGUCGGGUGAUUAGGAACAAUAUGCGCUCGAGGCUCCCCAGAAGCAACAAAAACGCAAAUGUGACCUUAGUCAGGCUACAGCUUUAGCCAGGUCAAUGCUGAUGUCUGUGUUUACUCAUUUAAUUCAGUCUCUGCUAAGCCACUUUUGUGCUUGGUCAUUAAAGACUGAGAGUAAACAUUCCUCUCAUAACCUUGACUUCCUCUUGUAAAUGUGUAAAUGGCAGUUGGCUCGUUUUGUCCAAUUCAACCUAUAGCAUGGUGACAAAUAAAGAUUAGGCCCCAAAGUUCUGCAUUGGAGAGGGUGGUGUCAACCAUUUGAAAUCAUUGAGUUUACUGAUACUGACAAGAGUUUAUCCCUGCAAUGCCAUGCACCUCAAUACAGCUCUGUGCUGUAUUUCAUAUAUUCAUAAUUUGGAUUAUUUCUAAUUCAAUGUUUUCAGAGUUUUUUUCCAAACAUUGUCUAAUUAUAUCUUCCUGUUUGCAUGUUGCUGCACGAAAUCUUGACAUUUUUAGCAUCAACCAGUGGGAUCAAAGGUUGAUCUUGAUUAUUUGAAUUUGCAUGGCAGUAAAAAAACAAAAAAAACAAACAUUGUUUACAGAAAAGGGAAAAGGGGACAAAUACUUAACAAGAAAUUCUUACUUUUUAAGGAAAUUUGGGAACAUUUCAUUGAGAUUCUAAAGUAUUGUUUGUUUUGUUUUUGAAAGAAAACAAAAGGUCUUGUUAUAUAUUUUGUGGAUGUUUUUACUUCAUGGCUUUUUCUAUUACCUUAUACUAAGGUACUAUGUGCUAAAAUAAGUUCUGAAUAUUGUUAUGAAAUUAUUAUAAUUACCAUUAUUUUGUGCAGAGGUGAUUUUUUCACCUCAUGGUUUACUUGGCUCCUCAGUUUGUUGUAAUGCAAAUGUUUUGUUAUUAAUGCAUAAAGCAUUUGAAUUAAAAAAAAAAAAGUUGUAUUUGUGUACCAUUUGCACUGUGAUCAAAAAUGAAAAAUACGGAAGUAAAUAUAUUGUGUUGCUGACAAUCAA